UGGGCGCUCGCGAUCCUGAGGCCAAUUCCGUCGGCGCCAUAUUGCGAUCCUUUGGGGAUAGAGAAAGAAAGUGAGAGAGCCCGGACGGGGAGGCGAAGGCAAAACUUUGGAGAGAAGCUCGGGGAGUCGACGCCCACUUCAGGCUGAAGCGAACUGCACCCAGUUUGACGCCUGGCGAACUCAAUGUUAUAUUAAAAAAAGCUGGAGCAAUCUGGGACUGGUUGAGAAGAGAAGUGAAUCAAGCAAGGACAAAGCAGAGAACAAGAACUACAUUGAUGCUGUUUGCUCAGAAGAGGUGUCAUAUUGGACACUGUUUAAUCUGUCCACAAUUCCUGUCAUACCUACUCACUAAAUUCUACUUAAUCAAAAUUUGGCACAUUUUGUCAACAGAGAGCAAGAUGGUGGACCGUUUAGCAAACAGUGAGGCAAAUGCUCGCCGCAUUGGCAUGGUUGAGAGUUGUUUUGGAGCAGCUGGCCAACCUCUAACUAUUCCAGGUCGUGUACUUAUAGGCGAGGGUGUUCUUACAAAGCUUUGUCGAAAGAAGCCGAAAGCAAGGCAAUUUUUCCUAUUCAAUGACAUUCUUGUUUAUGGUAAUAUUGUCAUCCAAAAGAAAAAAUACAACAAACAGCAUAUAAUUCCAUUGGAGAACGUUACAAUUGAUUCCAUUGAAGAUGAUGGUGAGUUGCGUAAUGGCUGGCUUAUUAAGACACCAACUAAAUCUUUUGCUGUUUAUGCUGCUACUGCCACUGAGAAAUCUGAAUGGAUGAAUCAUAUUAACAAGUGUGUUACUGAUUUGUUGUCAAAAAGUGGGAAAGUACCCAGUAAUGAGCACGCUGCUGUUUGGGUGCCUGAUUCAGAGGCAAAUAUAUGCAUGCGUUGCCAGAAAGUCAAAUUCACACCAGUCAGCCGCCGACAUCAUUGCCGAAAAUGUGGAUUUGUCGUUUGUGGGCCUUGUUCAGAAAAACGAUUUCUUCUUCCCAGCCAAUCCUCCAAACCAGUACGUGUCUGCUCCUUCUGCUAUGAUCUGCUCUCUACUGGCCAGCUGACUGCAACUCUGCCAAAUCGUUCUGAGUUUUACCGUGGCUCCCUCCAGUCCCCUAGAAAUUUAUCAGAUGAAGAUGAUGAUGAAGACAGCAGUGAUUAAGAAGUGAAAUAUCAGCUUUGGUAUUUAAAUAAUUGGGGUAGAACUGCUUUUGAGAUGAAUUAACUUUAUCUAAAUGUCCUCCCAUGACAAUUAGCCAUAAGUUAUACCGACAAACCUUAAUACAAAACUUGUGCCUAAAUAUUGGAUGUACUCCUGGUUCGUACUCUGUCUUUUGCUGAAACACAUGCUGGUUGAAAAAUAUAAUUCUUGACUGUUUGUAAUCAUAAUUUUUAACUGAUUUGCUUCCUGACUGCACAAAAAUAAAUAAAUAUUGCUGUGUUCCAUUUACAUUAUUCUGUCUGUUCACCCAAAUAUUUUAAAUUAGAAAUUUCAUUUAUUACUAAAAAUGUUCAUGAUGGAUGCAGUAAUUUUGAUUUAAAAGUGGGGAAAGAAUAUUCUGAUUGGGCCAGAUGAAAAGUUCAGUUGUAUGUUACUGUCAAAUGUCAAUAUUGGCCAGAUUUUAAAAAAAUCUUGAAGUUUUGUAAUUAGGACAGUGGCUUGUACGUAAUCAAAACUAAAUGUCUGACCUAAAUAAUACAGACAAGUUGAAUUUAAUCUUGCACAUCUAGGUGGGACCUGAAUGAAGGAAAUGUUUUAUGUUGCAAAUUUGUAGAUUUCCUUUCCAAUCUCUUGUCAUGUCCUGAAUAUCUUGUUUAAUUUCAAAAAUCAAAUCACAUGAUAUGAAGCUUUCCCUCAGGUGGUAAGAUAGUAUGUUUCAUAAAUAAGUCUGAAGUCAUUCUUUCAAAUAGUAUUGAGCUUACUAAAGAUUAUUUUGGGAAGCAGUUUUAUUCCUGACCAAAUAUCAGUUAAUACGUUGUAGAGAAAUCUCUCUUAUUCUAGAGUACUUUAUGAAUUGUGUUUCUUUAAUGCAAUUUAGAUAGUCCAGGUUACAUUUAAAAGGUAAUUUCCUCUCUUCUUUACAUAGCCUGUUCCAGCUUCGCUACCAAAUUAUUAACUCUUUAGGAAAAAGAGCUGGAACUUGUCUUGAUAUUAAUCUUUUAUUUGCGCAGCACAUUGAAUACAAAAACGAUUUAUGGAAAGCAAAGUGCCGCACUUGCUAGAAAUUUGAAAUAAAGUGGACCAUUGUGGAAAUAAUUAAUUCAGGUAGCAUCUGUAGAGUGAAGUAGUUAUUGACUUUCAUAGAAUUAACAACAAAGUCUCAGUAUAUUAACUGACUGGAAAGCAUGAUUGGAGAAAUUAAUUUAUUUGCUUUCUCACGUGGUCAAGUACAAACCAUUUGUCAGUAUAUAUGGCCAAUAAGACCGUUAUUGCCAUUUGAAAAUCUGAAUUGCAUGAUCACAUUUGGAGUACUGUGAUUUCCAGUGACUGGUAUGGUAACAAUUUUCUUAUCAGUUUGGCUGAGAAAUUUCUAUUCCAACUUUUGUAGUAAAGCAGAGGUAAGACUAAAUACCGUGUUACGUAUUAUUUUCUGUGGUGUAAUUAAAUUUGGUAAAACUUUUUUUUAAAAUGAGGCACGCAUUACUUCAGUUACUGAAACACUUAUUUAGUUGGGUUGUACUAUAAGGUCACUGAAACCUGGCAUUCGGGUUUGUUUUAUAUUCCAGAAGCAGUGAAUAAAUGUAAUUAGCUGAUUAUUUGUUAACAAAUUCAUGAAUGCGAGCAAGUUGGCAGGGGAAUUUGGAGGAGAGGAGGCAGCAAAUUGGAAAUGAGAAUUCCUUAGACCAUGUAGUGCCUUGACAAAAGUGUGUUACAAGAAAGCAAACCCUUUGUACACUGGUUAAAUUUUAAAGUUUUAUUGCUAUCUAGGUAAGUGUAAUUUUUCUGGUAACAGGGGCAUAGUCCUGUACAAAACCGUUCAUCUUUGGCUUUCCCUUUUGUAAACCUGAUUCGAUCAGCGUAUUUAAAUUAAAUUUGAAUAAUACCGUAAUAGCUGUACUGCCAUCUAUGGUGCAGGAUGCAAGUUUGUGGUGAGUGUGUAUUGGAAAGGUUGUUGACCUUUGGCUUAUGAUUUUUUUUUUACUAACUUUGAUAUGAAGCAGCUAUCUUCAUGAUGUAAAGCAUUUGUAAAAGCAAACAUAAGCAGAAGCCAUAUUCCAUUAUUUCCUAAAUGCUAAUUAUCGUGAAUAAGCUUACACUUUUGUAGUGGUGUCCAGUGCCAGGAAACUGAAAUUAUCCACUCUCGUAGUGUGGUUCAUUUUGUGGUAAUAUCAAAGGUGCAGCAACAAAUCACAUUAGAUUUGUUCAGAUCUUAUCUUGUCCUUAAAGCCACAGCUUUAACCAUACUCUGUUACUGUGUCUUACAUCUGACCUGCUUAGAAACCACUUUUGUUUAUACAAAAUAUCAGUAAAAAUGGGGUUGAUGGGCAGUAUUAUGGGUUUCCAUCUGCUGCACCAAAUUGUAUUUUAAACUGAGAAAUGAGUAUUAAAAGAAAAACAGACAGCUGUGACACUUUGCAAAAUCCAAAUUUUUAUUGCAACAUUUUUGGAGGAAGCUGAGCUCUGCUAAAUUGGUGGUUCUUUUUUGAUAAGAGUGACUUUAGAUCCUUCUGUUCCUUUGUCUUGUUUUUGGUGGAGUAUGUUUUAUUCUCCUUGGUUGGUUAAUUAGUAAUGUGGAGUAGCGUGAAAUAUAAUCAUUUUAAUACUUAACUGCACUGUUUAACCUCUUUUCAUUUGUAAUCACUAUAUUUAUUCAGCUUUGAUGUAACUUUUUUAAAGUAGCAGGAAUUUUACUUAUUGUCUCCAGUUUGACACCCAUGUAAAUACAAAACAAGUUUUGAUGAAAGUUGCUGAGUUCCAUUUGGCUGAUAUUCCUAAUGGGCUGUAAUUGAGCUUGUCAAUGUCUCAACUGUGCUUGUAUGCAGUGACCUUGUGAAUGGUGUUAAUCUAUCUGUGAGAGGGUUUUUGUUUAGAUUAUUGAUUCUGUGACCAGAUCCGUUAAAUCAAAUUGAUAUGACCCCUCACCCCAACUUCAGUUGAAUAUUGCAUUUAGGAUAUGCAACUUUUAUUAAGGUCCUGUUCUGAUUUAUGGAGGUUUCUAGACUUAAGUUGUUCAGCAGUUACAUUGAGGAUUAAAUUUUUGAUGGAGCUGUUGUAUUUUGAGUCCUUCAUAUAUGAAAUAUGAGAGCAUGAGGUCAUGAAGCCAGCUGACCUUUUUGAAGUUUGUAUUGAUUUAGAAUCCUAAGAAACAACUUUUCUCAAUUCAAACUUUUCAGUUGCUUAUCAGCUGAAUUAUAUGGAAUGUCAAUAGAAAAUCUAUGCAAUUUUCCAUGCUCAUUCUUGUGCAUUCAGCUGUUGAAGUAGAGAGAAAGAAAGCAACUUGCACCCAAGAGAAAUUAAGUUUUUAAUUUUCUUUAUGCUAGAUCUGUUUGAGUUGCCCAAGGAAGUCAUUUUACUUCCACUUAUGCAAAAUAAUAAGAUGUCUACAGUUUGAAAAUCUAAUCUUUCCAAACUCUCCCUCAGGAAAGAUCAGUGUACAAAGGGUACAUAAAUUUAAGUAAGAUUUUCAAAAGGAGUUAGAUUACUAUCCUGUCCUUUGGCUUGCAUCCUACAGGUAUUCUGUAAUAUAAAGGAAUGGCUUUUUUUAAAAAAAACUUUAUCUACAGUUCUUUUGUUAAGAUGUACCAUUUUUCUAUAAAAUGUACUUUUUCAGAAUUGGCACUUUAUUUUGCUGACAAAGUAUGUUGCUUCAUAAGAAUUUUCCAAAAAGUAUAAAUGUGAUAUUAUCUUUUACAUUCAGGCUUUUCCUUGCAAAUGUAGAAUCUUGCACUAUAUUGCACUGAUUUGAUGGUGAAAUGUCUGAAUUAAACAUGGUUAAAUGUAUAUUAUCUGCAGUUAAUGAUUAAAAUAUUUGUGCAAGCUG